CAGAAGUAUCAAGUUUGUUUGCCUAAUAAUCAGGGGAAAGGCUCACUGAGAGAACCAUAAAAGACCGAGCAUAGCAUGACAGCCACAAAGCCUCACCCUUACAACUUUCACCUCUACACUCCAUGAUGAACGCCUACCUCAACCAAGCCCAAAAACAGUCCCUCCUACUCACCCACUAUGGAUACUCAAUCCGCCGACCUCCACGAAACCACAACCACUGAAACAAACUCCACCGACUCCCAACCACCAAACUAUCAACCCUUAGAGCGUCUAAUAGCCAUACCCCGCGUAUGCAAUCUCACUGAUCGACUCCUAAUAAACCUCCCCUUCGUCCGCGCCUACACCGACAUUCUAACCAACUUUGGGAUCCCUGAAGAAGCCUUCCUCGAAUUCAUCGACGAGCUGAACAUCAUACAGGCCGGACACACAGCCCUGAAGUACAUGCAAAAGGCCGGUCAAGUCAUCCACUUUGCUGACCAUAUCGACCCCACGAAAAUUACCACGCUUCUGGGACAAUGUUCGGACCUCACAGCUCGUCUUAUUCACAUGGCAUAUAUCAAGGGACCGUUUGCGCGGAGGACGGCCUACCUUAACAGAGCUAACCGGCUGCUGUUCCAUCCCAAACAUCUCGAAGUAUCGAUCGUCAGUGGGAAGCAGCUGAGGAAGAUAUUGGGCCUUCAUCCAAAGUUCCCGCUUUGUGCGUCGCUAUGUCCGAGGUGGACUGUACCAUCGAAAACGGACCUUGUUCAGGGCCUGCGCUCGCGGGUUCGUGUACCUGGGAGACAGCUAUGUCAGCUCAUCGACUAUGUUUAUGACUUAGAUCUUGCGGCGGAGGCGAAGAGGGGAUGGAGCCAGGAGAAUGGAAAGGUGCGGAGGGAUGCGGCGAAGGUUGUUCGGGAUUGGCAGGUUGUAUCAGAGGUUCAACAUGAGCUCUGGCGUGGGGAAGCUAUCCUGUUGUAUGAGAUGGCGGGGCAGACUGCAGAUCUGAAAGCGAGAAAGAAGCUGCUGAAGAAAGCAAGAGAGAUGGAUAAAGAGGUGAGGCAUACGGAGAAGAUUACCUGGCUUGUGGUGCAGAAUUGGCAGGAUUCGGCGUAA